ACAAGUAAAAUAAAAUACAUGUUGUAAAUACAGCUAAAAACUUAAACUCAAAACUUGUGCUAAAAAACUUAAAAUAAAAAUCAAACAUUCCUAUCUAGAGCAAACCUACAAAGCAAGUGAUGUGUUUUGCUCAGUCAGUCAUAAAAUAUCACAAAACAUGUUUAGGACUUCUAAAAGAUGGCCAAAUUAAUUUUUUAUGAAACCAAAGUAUUUUAAAUACAUGUUAAUAUCCCUUUUUUUCUAGGGGACAUGGAAAGUUUCAUAGUUGGUUUAGAUUGUUUACAUUGAGGUUUUCUUGUAUUUGAUGUGUUUUUUAUGCUGAGGGGUUUUCUACAGUUCAUUGCAUUUAUUUGAUUCAGGUGUCUUCAACUUGAAGUAGUUCAACUUCAUUAAUGUAUGAUUGGUUGGUUGGUUGGUUGGAAAUCAAUAUUGACCUGAUUUUCUUUUUUCUACUUGUUUUUCAGGCUGAUCUGAAGCUCUGGACCAGGACGGUUUGGUAGAAAACGAUGAUGGAACCAUUAAAGGAAAACAUUUCUUCACAUCAGUACUUCAUCUUCAGUGGCUUCAGUGAGCUUGGAGCUCUGAAAUCCUUCAUUUCGAUCCCCUUCCUGAUUCUGUUCUUUGUGUCUCUGUUUGCCAACUCCCUGCUGAUCUAUGUGGUCAUUUCACAGAGGAGCCUCCACUCCCCGAUGUACAUCCUCAUCGCCUGCAUGUCAUUUGUUGAUAUGUGCCUGCCACUGAUUCUCAUCCCCAACCUGUUGCUGAACAUCUUGUUCAACGCGAGCGGGAUCUCUCUGAGCGGCUGCCUGGUUCAAAUGUUUUUUGUUCAUUUCUCAGGAACGUGUCAGUCCACUCUGCUGCUCUGGAUGGCGUUGGACCGAUACUUUGCCAUCUGCAGGCCCCUUUCCUACCAUGAUCACAUGUCUCUACCCAGAUUCCUCAGGUUUGUGAUUCCUCUUCUGGUCAGGGAUGCGGUCAUGAUCGUGACGGUGGUGAUUCUGGCAGGUAAAGUGUUGUACUGCUUCAGGAAUGUGAUAAACCAUUGUGUCUGUGAACACAUGGCCUUGGUGGAGUUGGGCUGUGGCAGCACAGCCAUCAACAGUCUGGUUGGGUUAUUAGCAGUCUUCCUGGUCACUGUGUUUGAUUUCUUGUGCAUCACCGCUUCAUAUAUAAUCAUAUUCCGCUCUGUGCUGCGUUCAGGUAAAUCCAGUGCUAAAGCUCUGCACACCUGCGUCACUCACAUCAUCGUCAUCGUCAUCAGUUUGACCUUCGCGCUCACGGCUUCCCUGUCGUAUCGGAUGAACAGUCUCCCAAGCGCUGGUCGUGUUUUUGUCAGUAGCAUGUUACUGUUCCUUCCCAGCUGUAUAAACCCGAUCAUCUACGGAGUCAGAACCACUGAGAUUCGACAAAAUGUCCUCAAAAUGCUGCCUUCUUAUCAGUAG